GGCUCCGAGGUUCGCCUCGGGCGAGCAGCGCGUUCCCUGCGGGCGGCAGUCCCGCCGCCGCGUCCCGGAGUGCUGCCGGCGCUGUGACCCCGGGUGUGAGCGGUGCCAACGCGCACGUCGGUGUGAGGCGUGUUGUGUGGGAAAAGCUCUGGCCCCGGGGGUAACUAUGUUAAAGAGAGGAGCGCCCAGGAAGCGUUGUGCAGGAAGCCAAGAAGGUGCCGCACGGGAGACGCAGCGGGAAGCCUCUGGCAGGUGGUGCUGGUGACGCACAGAAGUUACUUUGCCUUCGGGAGGACGGCAGGCCCCGUGCGCUGCCCAUGUAGGUGUGCCGGUGUGCCCCCGAGAAGUUGCCUGGUGGCGCGGCGGCGGCGGAGCGGCGGCGGCUCGUCCUGGGCAGCGGCGGCGGCAGAUGAUGGUGGCGGCGCGGCGCUGAGCGGCGGCAUCCCGGCUCCGCCGAUGCGCUUCCCGGCCCCUUCCCCGCUCCCAAGGGCCACCUGAGGCUCCGGCAGCUGGGCAGGCAUCGCCAACGUCGGAGAGGGGAAAGCGUGCCGGGGGCAGGCGGGUCAGCGCUCGGCUGUGUGCGGGUGGGCAGGGGGUUGGUUAUCAUGGCGGAUCGGACGGCUCCGCGCUGCCAGCUCCGGCUGGAGUGGGUGUACGGCUACCGGGGCCACCAGUGCCGCAACAACCUGUACUACACGGCAGGGAAAGAGGUCGUGUACUUCGUGGCCGGAGUCGGCGUGGUUUACAACACCAGGGAGCACAGCCAGAAAUUCUUCCUCGGGCACAACGAUGAUAUUAUCAGCCUGGCCGUGCACCCGGACAAGACGCUGGUGGCCACGGGGCAGGUGGGGAAGGAGCCCUACAUCUGCGUGUGGGACUCGCUGCGGCUGCACACGGUGUCCGUGCUCAAGGACGCGCACACGCACGGCGUCGCCUGCCUCGCCUUCGACGCCGACGGCCAGCGCUUGGCGUCCGUGGGGCUGGAUGCCAAAAACACCGUGUGCAUCUGGGACUGGAAGAGGGGGAAGCUCCUGGCGACGGCGACGGGCCACUCGGACAGGAUAUUUGAUAUUUCCUGGGACCAGUAUCAGCCAAACAGAAUCGUCAGCUGUGGAGUGAAACACAUAAAGUUUUGGACACUGUGUGGAAACGCCCUGACGGCAAAGAGGGGAAUCUUUGGGAAAACAGGAGAUCUCCAAACCAUCCUGUGCUUGGCGUGUGCCAAAGAAGAUGUCACCUACUCCGGGGCUUUAAAUGGGGACAUCUACGUCUGGAAAGGGCUGAACUUGGUGCGCACCAUCCAGGGAGCACACAGCGCUGGAAUUUUCAGCAUGUAUGCUUGUGAGGAAGGCUUUGCCACCGGAGGGAGAGAUGGGUGCAUUCGGCUGUGGGACACGGAGUUCAAACCAAUUACCAAAAUUGAUCUCAGGGAGACUGAACAAGGAUACAAAGCAGGUCUGUCCAUCCGCAGCGUGUGCUGGAAGGCUGACAGGCUGCUGGCAGGGACCCAGGACAGCGAGAUCUUCGAGGUGCUGGUGAGAGAGAGAGACAAGCCCAUGCUGAUCAUGCAGGGGCACUGUGAGGGGGAGCUCUGGGCCCUGGCAGUGCACCCCAAGAAGCCCUUGGCAGUGACGGGCAGCGAUGACCGCUCCGUACGGUUGUGGAGCCUGGCUGACCACGCCCUGAUAGCUCGCUGCAACAUGGAGGAGGCGGUGAGGAGUGUGUCCUUCAGCCCCGAUGGAUCCCAGCUGGCACUGGGAAUGAAGGAUGGCUCCUUCAUUGUCCUUAGAGUGAGGGACAUGACGGAGGUGGUUCACAUCAAGGACAGGAAGGAGGUGAUCCACGAGAUGAAGUUCUCCCCCGACGGCUCCUACCUGGCCGUGGGCUCCAACGACGGCCCCGUGGACAUCUACGCCGUGGCCCAGAGGUACAAAAAAAUCGGGGAGUGCAACAAGUCCUCCAGCUUCAUCACCCACCUCGACUGGUCCGUGGACAGCAAAUUCCUGCAGACCAACGACGGCGCCGGAGAGAGGCUCUUCUACAAGAUGCCCUCUGGGAAGCAUCUCACCAGCAAAGAUGAGAUCAAAGGAAUCCACUGGGCCUCCUGGACCUGUGUGAUGGGCUCUGAAGUGAGUGGGAUUUGGCCCAAGUACACAAACAUUUCAGGUGUCAACUCCGUGGAUGGCAAUUACAGCAGCUCCGUGCUGGUGACUGGAGAUGAUUUUGGGCUGGUGAAGUUAUUCAGAUUUCCGUGCCUAAAGAAAGGAGCCAAGUUCAGGAAGUACGUGGGCCACUCAGCACACGUCACCAAUGUCCGCUGGUCCCAUGACUUCCAGUGGGUUUUGAGCACAGGAGGUGCUGAUCACUCUGUGUUCCAGUGGCGCUUUGUUCCAGAAGGGAUAACAAAUGGCAUCCUGGAAACCUCUCCACAAGCAGAGGGUGGUGUGGAUUCCUACAGCGAGGAGUCGGACUCGGAUUUAUCCGACGUGCCAGAGCUGGACUCCGACAUCGAGCAGGAAGCUCAGAUCAACUACGAUCGCCAGGUUUACAAAGAAGACCUACCUCAGCUGAAACAGCAAAGUAAAGAGAAAAACCACUCUGUGCCCUUCCUGAAGCGAGAGCGAGCGCCCGAGGACAGCCUGAAGCUGCAGUUCAUACAUGGGUACAGGGGCUACGACUGCAGGAACAACCUGUUCUACACUCAGACAGGGGAGGUGGUUUAUCACAUCGCCGCCGUCGCCGUCGUCUACAACCGACAGCAGCACUCGCAGCGUCUCUACCUGGGCCACGACGACGACAUCCUCAGCCUCAGCAUCCACCCCGUCAAGGACUACGUGGCCACGGGGCAGGUUGGAAGGGAUGCUGCUAUCCAUGUUUGGGACACCCAGACACUGAAAUGUUUGUCCCUGCUCAAAGGCCAGCACCAGAGAGGAGUGUGUGCACUGGAUUUUUCAGCUGAUGGGAAGUGUUUGGCCUCUGUUGGGCUGGAUGACAAUCAUGCCAUCGUGUUCUGGGAUUGGAAAAAAGGGGAAAAGCUGGCAACAACCAGGGGCCAUAAAGAUAAAAUCUUUGUAGUGAAGUGUAAUCCACAUCAUGUUGACAAACUAGUCACAGUUGGGAUGAAGCACAUCAAAUUUUGGCAGCAAACAGGUGGAGGCUUCACAUCCAAGCGAGGCACGUUCGGCAGCGCCGGGAAGCUGGAGACGAUGAUGAGCGUCUCCUACGGGAGGAUGGAGGAGCUGGUGUUCUCUGGGGCUGCCACUGGAGACAUCUACAUCUGGAAGGAGACCCUGCUGCUGAGGACAGUGAAAGCCCACGAUGGGCCCGUGUUUGCCAUGCAUGCACUGGAUAAGGGCUUUGUGACUGGUGGAAAAGAUGGAAUCGUGGCCCUUUGGGAUGACAUGUUUGAGAGGUGUCUGAAGACGUAUGCUAUCAAAAGAGCAGCACUGUCUGCCAGCUCUAAAGGUUUGCUCUUAGAAGACAACCCCUCAAUCCGAGCCAUCAGCCUGGGCCAUGGGCACAUCCUGGUGGGAACCAAAAAUGGAGAGAUCCUGGAGAUUGAUAAAAGUGGGCCCAUGACUCUGCUUGUCCAGGGCCACAUGGAAGGAGAAGUGUGGGGCCUGGCAGCUCACCCCCUGCUGCCCGUGUGUGCCACCGUGAGCGACGACAAGACCCUGCGCAUCUGGGAGCUCUCGGCCCAGCACCGCAUGCUGGCCGUCAGGAAGCUCAAAAAAGGGGGCCGGUGCUGUGCCUUCUCUCCCGACGGGAAGGCCCUGGCCGUGGGGCUCAACGACGGCAGCUUCCUGGUGGUGAACGCGGACACCGUGGAGGACAUGGUCUCCUUCCACCACAGGAAGGAGAUGAUCUCCGAUAUAAAGUUUUCACGAGAAUCAGGAAAGUACCUGGCUGUGGCCUCCCAUGAUAACUUUGUAGAUAUCUACAACGUGCUGACCAGCAAAAGAGUUGGCAUUUGCAAAGGUGCCUCCAGCUACAUCACCCACAUCGACUGGGACUCCAGAGGAAAGUUAUUGCAAGUCAAUUCUGGUGCCAAAGAACAACUAUUUUUUGAAGCACCGAGGGGGAAAAGACACAUUAUAAGAAUUGCUGAGAUCGAGAAGAUCGAGUGGGACACGUGGACGUGUGUUCUGGGUCCCACCUGUGAGGGGAUCUGGCCCAUGCACAGCGAUGUCACCGUGGUCAAUGCAGCCAGUCUGACCAAGGACAGGACCCUCCUGGCCACAGGAGACGACUUUGGGUUCGUGAAGCUCUUUUCAUACCCAGUGAAGGGCCCACAUGCCAAGUUCAAGAAGUACGUGGGGCACAGUGCCCAGGUGACCAACGUGCAGUGGCUGCACAAUGACUCCGUGCUGCUCACCGUGGGGGGGGCCGACACCGCCCUCAUGAUCUGGACCAGGGAGUUCCUGGGCAUCCAGGAGAGCAAGCUGGUGGACAGCGAGGAGUCAGACACAGAUGCAGAAGAAGAUGGAGGUUAUGACAGUGAUGUUGCAAGAGAAAAAGCCAUUGACUACACCACGAAGAUCUAUGCAGUGAGCAUCCGGGAGAUGGAAGGCACAAAGCCCCACCAGCAGCUCAAGGAAGUCUCAGCAGAAGAGAGGCCACCAGUGAGCAGAGCUGCUCCUCAGCCUGAAAAACUGCAGAAGAACAACGUCCACAAAAAAAAGAAACUGGUUGAGGAGCUGGCUCUGGACCAUGUUUUUGGCUACAGAGGGUUUGACUGUCGCAACAACCUGCACUACCUGAACGACGGGGCCGACAUCAUCUUCCACACGGCGGCAGCCGGCAUCGUCCAGAACCUCUCCACUGGCAGCCAGAGUUUCUACCUGGAGCACACCGACGACAUCCUGUGCCUGACCGUGAACCAGCACCCCAAGUACAAGAACGUGGUGGCCACCAGCCAGAUCGGUGACAUGACAGAAUUCCCAGGUACAACUCCCACAAUCCACAUUUGGGAUGCCAUGAGCAAGCAAACCAUUUCAAUGCUGCGCUGCUUCCACACCAAAGGGGUCAACUACGUGAACUUCAGUGCCACUGGCAAACUGCUGGUGUCGGUGGGGGUGGACCCCGAGCACACCAUCACCGUGUGGAGGUGGCAGGAAGGGGCUAAAGUUGCCAGCAGGGGAGGACACCUGGAGAGGAUCUUUGUUGUAGAAUUCCGGCCGGAUUCCGACACCCAGUUUGUGUCCGUUGGGGUGAAGCACAUGAAGUUCUGGACGCUGGCUGGCAGUGCUUUGCUCUACAAGAAAGGAGUCAUUGGCUCCAUGGAAGAUGCCAAAAUGCAAACCAUGCUUUCUGUUGCCUUUGGAGCAAAUAACCUCACGUUCACGGGUGCCAUCAACGGAGAUGUCUACGUGUGGAAGGACCAUUUCCUGGUCAGGCUGGUGGCCAAAGCUCACACAGGCCCCGUGUUCACCAUGUACACGACGCUGCGGGACGGACUCAUCGUGACAGGAGGGAAGGAGAGGCCCACCAAGGAGGGGGGAGCAGUGAAGCUCUGGGACCAGGAGAUGAAGCGGUGCCGGGCCUUCCAGCUGGAGACGGGGCAGCUCAUCGAGUGCGUGCGCUCCGUGUGCCGGGGCAAGGGGAAAAUCUUAGUGGGAACAAAAGAUGGAGAAAUCCUUGAAGUAGGAGAAAAAAACGCUGCUUCAAACUUGUUGAUUGACUGUCACAUGGAAGGGGAGAUCUGGGGCUUGGCAACUCACCCCUCCAAAGACAUAUUUAUCUCUGCAAGCAACGAUGGAACAGCAAGGAUCUGGGACCUGGCAGACAAAAAGCUGGUGAACAAGGUGGCCCUGGGGCACCCGGCCCGCUGCGCCGCCUACAGCCCCGAUGGGGAGAUGGUGGCCAUCGGCAUGAGGAACGGCGAGUUCGUCGUCCUGCUGGUCAACAGCCUCAAGGUCUGGGGCAAAAAGCGGGACAGGAAGUCAGCAAUCCAGGACAUCAGGAUCAGCCCAGAUAACAGGUUUCUGGCAGUGGGGUCACAGGAACACACUGUGGAUUUCUAUGAUCUCACCCAAGGCACAACCCUGAACCGAAUCGGGUACUGCAAGGACAUUGCCAGCUUUGUCAUCCAGAUGGACUUCUCUGCAGACAGCAGGUACAUCCAGGUCUCCACGGGCGCCUACAAGCGCCAGGUUCACGAGGUGCCCCUGGGGAAGCAAAUCACAGACCCUGCAGCCAUAGAGAAGAUCACCUGGGCCACGUGGACCAGCAUCCUGGGAGAUGAAGUCCUUGGGAUCUGGCCCCGCAACGCAGACAAGGCAGACGUGAACUGUGCCUGUGUGACCCACGCUGGGCUCAACAUCGUCACGGGGGACGACUUCGGGCUCGUGAAGCUCUUUGACUUCCCCUGCACAGAAAAAUUUGCCAAACACAAGCGGUACUUUGGGCACUCGGCGCACGUCACCAACAUCCGCUUCUCCCACGACGACAAGUAUGUGGUGAGCACCGGGGGAGACGACUGCAGUGUGUUCGUGUGGCGGUGCCUGUGAGGAGCCUGUUCCUGCUGCAGGGACUGGGACAGCCGGGAAGGCCCCGGGAUGGUGCCCGGGGGGCACCUGCAGAGCACUCACAGCCCCGGGACAGCCCCAGGGCCUGGGAAGGAGGCCGAGGUCUGCAGGGAACCCUUUGGGGCCCUGGGAGGCCAAAGGGGGAACAGUCCACUCACGGAGCUGCUUUGGCCCAAUCCUGUGCUGUUCAAUCCAGGGCUGCAAAGGGAGAAAACACUGAGAAAAUCCCGGGCCCUUCCCUUCCCAAAUUCCAGGCCUGGCCAUUUGGGCAGGAGGGGGAGGCUCUGACCACACCCACUGCUGGAUCCACCCGGGGGCCCCAGGAAAGCUGGGAGCCUUUCCUGAGCAGGAGGGGGGCACUCUGCAGCUUUCUGGAAUUGGAUGAGCAAAGGAUCACGGUUUUAAGUCCAUUUUGCUUUUAAAUACAUACAUUUGGCUAAAUUUCUCUCCAUGAAGUGCCUUGGAAUACUUUCCCAGCAGUCUGGGCUCCAGCCUUGCCUCCCACCCCCUGCUUUCCACACACGGUGCUACGACUCUGGGCCCAGGAGGGCUGAGCCACCCCCUGCUCCAGCUGGACUGCCCCAUCCCUGGGCUCUGCCUGGCCUUUAAUACCUCCCCAGGGAAUUCCCACAGCAUUCCGUGCUGCCAGAGGGACCAGCUGAUGGCACUGCCCCUCCUGGGCAGGGGGCACACAGGGUUUGCACACCCGGGCACACUCACCUCCACACCCACACCGAGGCUCAUUCCUGCAGAGCUCCUGCCCUCUGCUCUUCCUGGGAAAAUGUGCUUUGCAGGGAGCUACUUCCAUAGGCAGUGGCCAGCCAGAACCUUGGAAAAAGCCCCUAAGGAGCCCUGUUUCCCAUUCCAGAGGGGCUCCCUGGAAUGUCCCUGGAGGGCCCUUGGGCUCCUCUCCCCAUCCUGCUGCUCCUGCUCCCGCAGCCCCUCGGCCCAGCCCGGGCACUGGGGCAGCUGAACUGAGCCCGGAGCUGCCCUGGGGGGACUGGGACCACAGACAUUCCCAAAAGGAAAGGAAAGUCACUCUCCACUUGUUAAAACCUUCUGCCAGAACCAAAACCCCCAGGGACGGUGGACUUGGAAAAAGCAAGUUCAGCUUUUUCCACAGAAACUGUUGAGAAAGGAACAGCAAACGUGGGCAAUGUCAGAACUGGCAUUUAAGCCACUUAAAAUUCCUGGUGUGGAACCACUACCAGAUUUUUAAAUCACCUUUCUUUGUUAAUUAAAAUAAAUAAAGGCUAAAACAAACCAUGUAGACUUACUUACAUUUAGUCUUUGCAAAGCAAUGCUAAAUAGUGCUUUAGUCCCAGUUCAGGACAACAGGGGCUGAGCUCUGGAACCUUCCUGCCAGGCCACUCUGCUGCCACUGCAUGGAAAAGUAGCGAAAACAUCCCGUUAAAGGAGUGGAUUCCUGCUUGUUUAACACACAAAGUGCUUCAGCAACCUCAAAAAUCACCUUUUUUUACAGCUGAAUUUAUUAAUGCCUUAUAUGACUGCCCAGCAGAGCAGUUGGGCACACACAGAGCAGUCCCUGUGCAGUCUGUUUUUAGGGAAACCUCUGGGAUCCCAUCCUGUUCUGUCACGUGGUGACAUCAGUGAGCUCCUCUGCUGUGCUCUAAUCAAUCAUCUCUGCCUUCCUUCCACAGUGAUUGUGUCCCAAAUAACUGCAGUUGUGUGGCAGAAUUCAUUAAUUAAUUAAUCAAGUGAUGUGAAAAGUACCUUAAAGCAAUAGUGUGUGUCAGGAAACACAGUCUCUGUUUCUCUGCUCUGGCUUCACGUAGGAAGUGUUCCAAGGAACGCUGUAUUAAACUGGAAACUAAAACAUUAAUGCAUGACUUUAUAUUUUCAACGGUCAAGAUGCCAUUAAAGGAAAAUCUGUCUCAAAUAAAUUUGGAUACAAGUU